AUGCUCUUCAAAGAGGAGCCAAUCGUGAUCACGCUCGGCUCGUUUCUUCGGUGAUUCCAGCGCCGACGGGAACUACGAGGUGACGCUGAUGACCAAGGCCACGGUCUACCAUUCGGGAAUAGUCGUCUGGCAACCGCCGGCCGUAUAUAAAUCCUCCUGCUCCAUCGACGUUGAGUUCUUUCCGUACGACGUACAGACCUGUGUUUUGAAGUUAGGCUCCUGGACCUAUGACGGUUUUAAGGUGCCACGCAACAAGCAACGAGCACGAUCGCCAGAUUGA